AUGGGGCGGAGGAAACUCGAAAUUAAGCGGAUCCAAGAUAAGAGUAGCAGGUUAGUGACAUUUUCAAAGCGGAGAACGGGAUUAUUUAAGAAAGCACGACACCUGUCCGUGAUCUGUGAUGUUGAUGUCGCCGCUUUUGUAAUCUCCGAUAGCGGCAAGCUCUAUGAGUUCUGCAGCGGUGGCUAUAAUAGUAACAGUGUGGAGCUUAUCCUUUCCAGGUAUCAGGCAGAAGAGAGAACCACCCAAGAAGGAGCUUGUGAAGAUAUGGCAUUUAACAAGUCCACAAGAUUCCGAACAUGCAAAGAGCUUCUAAAGUUGGUAAGAAGCAGGGUUGACGAAGAACCAAAUGAAGUCUCUGUGGGUGACAUGACAAAGUUAGAGGAGGAACUUCAUGCUGCAAUUUUGCAUACAAGAUCUAAAAAGACUCAAUUGAUGAUGGAGCGUAUGUCGAACUUUCAUGAACAGGAAAGGAAAUUAACUGAGGAAAAGGAAGAACUGAAACAGCAGUUACAGGUGGCAUCAGCAAAGAAGAACCAGAAAGAUGAUGUUGAUGAUGGUGGUGAAGGUCUUGACCACUCUGCAAAUAGCCAUAGUUAUGACCAGACCAAUAUAUAUCCACCACAACCACUUUUAACACUUCCUCUCUUCAAGUAGUAGAUGAUGUUUUGUUGUAUGUAGAUGAUGUCUUUAGAAAGCCAGGAGAUAUUAAAUAUAAAAUAAAAAAAGCCUCUACUUCCAAUUUCUAUGCAUGCCUUGGUUUGGUUGGUCCCUAUUAUAAAAGUUGUAUGAGAGAAUGGGUAUUAACUUAAUCGAGAGCUAGUAUUGUGUUUAAUGAUGUGAAAAUGCAAGUUCCACAUUGUAAAUGUGACGAUUUUCUUCGUAUUGGGUGUUUAUCAUAUAAAAUAAUAAUUUAUUUGUGGUUUAAAUAUAUAAGGUGGGUGUCAUGGAGAUGAUUAGAAGGAGUGUGGUCAUGAUGUGUAAGUGGAAAGAGUCAUAAUGGUCAACUAGCAUGGGAGAGCUUCACCUGGAAGAAAGGU